AUGAGUGCUGUGUUCCAUUGGGUGAAGGACUUUUCCUUUGGCCCUGGCCGGCUUAGAAAUGACUUCCCCUCCGUCGUACACGGCGACAACUCGGCGGGUGGGCCCGACGCCUUACCGUCCAUUUCUCAGCGAGCCCCAGGUCCGCUCAGUCUCCGAUCGGUGAAACCGAAGCCGAGUCUGGUGCUUCUGCUUGUGCUGCUCCAUAAGGGAGGGACAGGGGUGGGUUGGGUGACAGCCACACCGUUCUGA